CCUCGUAGUAUAUCAAGAAAAGUCAUCGAUUUUCCUCCUAAAGGCGACCAGGCGGUAGUAGAAGAAAGGAGCUUGGUAGGAGGCGGACAGUUCUAUAAAACACGGGUGGAGUCCGUAACUAUCUCAACUCCAGGAGCCACCAUGUUUGUGCGUCAGUUAACAAUUGCCACAGCAACCAUGCAGAAUAUAAUGCUGCAGUUCAAGGGGGAUAAUGGGAUUUUGCUUCUCACGUGAUGGGCUGACAUCUUCGUCCCGGUCCUCGUCAAGCUGGAUAUUCCUUCUAGUACUAUGAUCCGAUGAGUGACAGUCUUCGGAGGAAAGUGAUUGGUUCGUUGACUGUGACGUCAGCAGAAGCUGGGAGUCAAGUUGUGACGAAGUGUGUGAAGUGGUGUAGAGGAGUGCCGAAGUUCACAAAACGUACAAGUUAUCGGUAGUGACGGUUGUUUAGCAACUACUAGUGGUUGAAUUAAAAGUUGAAACAGUCAUGCUGGAAAGUCUUAUAGAAGCUUCUAUUAGUUCGAGUUACGAGUGUCAUAUCCAGAGGUAGUUACGAGUGUCAUAUCCAGAGGUAGUUACGAGUGUCAUAUACAGAAGUAGUUACGUGUGUCAUAUCCAGAAAUAGUUACGAGUGUCAUAUCCAGAAGUAGUUACGAGUGUCAUAUCCAGAGGAAGUUACGAGUGCCAUAUACAGAAGUAGUUACGUGUGUCCUAUCCAGAAGUAGUUACGAGUGUCAUAUCCAGAGAAAGUUACGAGUGCCAUUAUCCAGAAGUAGUUACGUGUGCCAUAUCCAGAAGUAGUUACGAGUGUCAUAUCCAGAGAUAUUCACGAGUGUCAUAUCCAGAGGAAGUUACGAGUGCCAUAUACAGAAGUAGUUACGUGUGCCAUAUCCAGAAGUUUUCUCCAGCUGAUUUUUGACCUCUGCUUGUGUUCAGUUAGUCAAAAUAUCGUUAUGACAACGAAUAUAGACGUAGGAACGAGACUGUCUGUUAUAGUGUGGGCCAGCACGUGUAGUUCGGCGAAGAGGCGUUCCUUAGCCGUUCCAGUACCUAUAAUAGGCUGCACCUUAGCGCGAGUUAUAACCUACCUUUCACUGGAACUUUUGUUACUUGUUACCGUAGCAACUGGAAAGGUAGGUGGACGCCACCAAAAAUGCGAGGAGAUAACUAUUCCAAUGUGUACCGACAUCGGUUACAACUUCACCUCCAUGCCCAAUUCUUUCCACCACGAAACCCAAGAGGAAGCAGGGUUACAGGUUCAUCAAUUUUGGCCUCUUGUGAAAAUCCAAUGUUCGGAUGACCUCCAGUUCUUCCUCUGCUCCAUGCAUACGCCAAUAUGCAUGAAAGAUUAUUCUAAACCCAUUCCGCCUUGUCGAUCUGUGUGUGAGCGGGCACGAGCUGGUUGUGAACCUCUUAUGAUGAACUAUGGUUUCACUUGGCCAGAAACAAUGAAGUGUGAUGACCUACCGAACUAUGGUGACCCCAACAGAAUGUGCAUGGACCGUAACGAAGGUCAAAAACCAAACCGUUCUACGAGUUAUAUAAACAUAAAUAAGAAUAGGUUCCCCGAAAAAAAGAGUCCGAAAUUCAUAGUGCCAAAAGGAACAAAAAAUGGUGGUUAUCCCCGUCUGACAAGAAUUCAAGAAAAAGAUUGUCGGUGCUUUUGUCGAGAUCCCAUGAUCACCUUGGUAGCCACGGGGAGUUAUGGUCACUUUAAUUCUGUGGAGACCGGAAGUGUAUUGAACUGUGCUGUCCCAUGUUACGGUCCCUUCUUCUCCGCGGACGAACACACUUUCGCUACGCUGUGGCUCGGACUGUGGGCAGUGCUGUGCUGUGUGUCAACUAGCUUGACCGUUAUCACCUUCCUGAUCGACAUGCAGAGGUUUCGCUACCCAGAACGCCCUAUCAUCUUUCUGUCCGGCUGCUACCUGAUGGUGUCCGUCGGUUAUCUGGUCCGGCUAGGGAUGGGACAUGCAGAGCUAGCCUGUGAUGGACCAAUCAUCCGGUAUCAGGAUUCGGAACGACCCCCAGCAUGCACCAUCGUCUUCUUGAUGAUUUACUUCUUCGGUAUGGCCAGUUCUCUUUGGUGGGUUAUCUUAGCCCUAACGUGGCUUCUAGCAGCUGGACUGAAGUGGGGGAACGAGGCUAUUGCUGGAUACUCGUUGUAUUUUCAUUUAUUAGCCUGGUCAGUACCAACCGUCAAAACUAUCGCCAUCUUAGCCGUGGAUGGAGUGGAUGGGGACCCGGUGGCAGGCAUCUGUUACGUAGGAAACCAGGACUUGUCUCUUCUGCGGGGGUUUGUACUAGCCCCUCUAUGUGUCUAUCUUCUUCUGGGAACGUCCUUCCUCCUAACGGGAUUUGUGGCUCUCUUUCGGAUAAGGAAUGUCAUCCGACAGCAAGCUCGCGCCAAGGUGGAAAAGCUGGAGAAGCUAAUGAUCCGGAUUGGAGUCUUCUCUGUGCUGUAUACGGUACCAGCCACCAUCGUCAUCGGUUGUUACAUCUACGAGCAACACUUCCGGGAGGCUUGGGAGAGAAGGCACAACUGCCCCUGCAGUGACCCGGCUGUACGACCCGACUACUCCGUGUUCAUGCUCAAGUACUUUAUGUGUCUGGUGGUCGGGAUCACUUCUGGAUUCUGGAUCUGGUCCGGGAAGACUGUUGAUUCCUGGCGGAGAUUUUAUGGGCGACUGUGUGGAAGUAAAGACCGUGAUUUAGAUAGGACGUGUAAACCGAUACAUAGGGUAAACGGUAUUGAAAAGUUUCCGCCUCGCUCUAAACAGAUGCUUACCCAAGUGUAAAAACGGUAUUGAAAAGUUUCCGCCUCGCUCUAAACAGAUGCUUACCCAAGUGUAAAAACGGUAUUGAAAAGUUUCCGCCUCGCUGUAAACAGGUGCUUACCCAAGUGUAAAAACGGUAUUGAAAAGUUUCUGCCUCACUGUAAACAGGUGCUUACCCAAGUGUAAAAACAGUAUUGAAAAGUUUCCGCCUCGCUGUAAACAGAUGCUUACCCAAGUGUAAAAACGGUAUUGAAAAGUUUCCGCCUCGCUGUAAACAGGUGCUUCCCCAAGUGUAAAAAGUGUAUAUAAAUACGUGUGUAUAUAAUAUGUGUGAGACAAUAUAACAUUUAAAGAGAUGAGUUGCACACAUAUCAUGUGCAGAAAGUUCAUAACGGAACAGUGUGCUGCAAAUCGUGUAACAGACUAGAAGUCAUCAUUUUAAUUUUUAGAAACGUAUUGUUUGUACGAAGUUUUCAUUGAUCGAAUAAUUAUUUGCUGUACAGUUUGUUUUAUCACAACUCUGUAAAUGAUUCAUAUAUAA